CCAGUCUUACCUUGGGUUCAAGGUGUACAAACAUCGGAGGGAUCUAUCCCGGAAGGCAUGUUUGGUCCUUAUACUUCCCGUCCACAAUCCUUGACUGAGCCUCAAUUGCAAUCACGUCACCCAUAUGCCGCCAUGCCCUCCCUACCCUCCCUACCUUUUGCUGCUCUUGGUGCAGGCCACCAACUCGGCAAAGACCCAGCAACAGCUUCAGAGUUGAUGAAGAAUCAGAGGCCAGAGAGCGAAGCGUUCAGCCGAGGAGCAGGGGCAGAAGGAGGGAUGAAAAGGCCGUAUUUCUUUGGAAACACUGGUGUCGAUACACCUGGCGGAAUGAGUGGGACAAGUCCAGGGAUGGGAACGUUUGGGUUGGAGGGCAAGGAGGUGGGGUCGAAGAUGCCUACCGCUCUCGGUUCUUCUAAUAAAACUCCCAUCCCGACUCAGGCACCCAAUCCAGUAGGCCUCCCUGAAUCUCCUAGGCAAGGUGCUCCGCAACCCAAAGUUGACUCUGACCAAGAAGUCCAAUAUCACAUCCACAAACCCCAUCAUAAAUUUCCGUUCUCACAUGCCGAAGCGGAAGCUAAGCAACGAGAAGGGAUGGAGGAUGCUCGUGCCGCGGCCCUCGCACAACUUGAAGCAGCCCAGCAUAUCGUCGACGCAAAGCUGGAGAGCGAGAUGAUGGAGAUACUUGGGAUGAUGAGUGGUGCUCGACUUGAUGGGGUCAAUGCAGCCGGCGGGCCCGGUGGGAACGCCCCCAAAGGACCUCGACAGACUUUCGAUACUAAUACCAGCGGACCUUCCUUCGGUCACAUCCUUCACCAAGACGGUGUCCCAAUCUCUGCCUGCCCAUCGAUGCGAGUUGCUCCUGAAGGCUUUGCCUCCGGCCGUCCACUAACCGAACUCAGCGAAGUCUUCCGAAUUCCUUUUGGCGUACCAAUAGGGAUGUCUAUACCGAGACCGUUGAUGGUGAUGAGGGACAGUGCCGGGGCACCUGGUGACUUAGGUCUUGGAAUGCCGGCAUUGUUGAAUAUCAUUCAAGGUCAUGGGGAAGGAUCUCCGCUGCGGAGGAAACAAGAAGAUAGGAGUGCGUAUGUCGAGACUGUCGAGGAUGAGGAAGAAGUUUUAUCGCCGAUACGUACAGAUGUUCGUACAGAGGUUCCAUCCAAAACAUCUUCUCCUGCCGAAGGGGCUGCCGCUGGCUUCGGAUCAACAGCCCAGUCUGUCCCACAAGGUGAUGUUUUCCCUGCCAAAACUGAAUCCAACGUUUUGGGUGAUCCAAGUACGGCGAAAUCGAAUGCAGGGAGAAUUGGGUUUACCGCUCAUUCACCCAGCCAGCCUACACAGCCGCCUACUGAACAACUCAUGGCCAGUACUGCACAUCCUCUCAAAACUUCUACGCAUCACGCCCACCACUCGGCAGCAGCUUCUUCUAAGGUCGGCAGUAAAACCCCCGGUGCCAAGUCGAAGGUACCAUCCAAAGCUGCGUCUAAGGCGGCCACCACAGCUGCGAGUAAAUUACCUACAGCUUUAAAAGCUCCGAAGGCAAGAGUGCCUAGUGUGGGCUCACAAGCUACGACCGUGCGACUCCCACCGGCAACGUACACUAAAGGCGAAAGAGCAAUGUCUCAUGCCCAUGUUUAUCCACAGUCUCAAGCCCGAAGUCAGGUACCUUUUCCCACGCAAUCACAGUGCGAGUACACUGCUGUGCCCGAGGCUCCCAGUCCUGGGUCUCAAGCUCAAUCUCCACCUCAGCUCGACCAGAAGACCAUUUACUCGCAGGUCCGAAAAAAGAAUACCCCUACCAUCAUCCCCGGCCAGUUCCGUGCUCAAGAAUACUUUCCUUCUACCCAGUCCGCUAACGAUGCGGUUGAGCACCAUCAUGAGCUCGAGAAGAUGCAAGGCGCAACAGGAGAAGGUUCCAUCGUAGCCUCUCAGCAUGGUUCUGUCGCGCCUACAACUAUGUCCAACGUCAAGCGCAUCGUUGAUGCCUCGAGAUACCACGAUGAAACUCUCUGUCAGCUCCUUGACGCUGCUCGGCUGAACCUCAUUGGUGAAGAAGCGAAGAAGGCGCUUCAGAGAGCCGCAAGGGCGCGGGUGAUUGAGUUGAGAGAGUUGAGGGCAGCAGGAGAGCUUGAGGUGGGGUUGUUGAGCCCCGCGGUGGUUCUGCCAUCUCAUGCAGAAGAAACGCCAAAAAGGGCGAAGAGAAGCAAGAGUAAAGAAAAGGGACGGACUGUGAGUGGGAAGAGCGCAAAUAGUGCGAAGAGUGAGAAGGGUGCAGCGAAGCAGGAGCCGCCCAUUUGGGCUCAAGAUAUUAUGAACCGUCUCUCCAUGUUCGAUCAUCGCUUUGCGGCUCUCGAGACUCAGAAAGACACUCGUGGCCCUCAUAAGUCUCAAGUGUCAAGGGACAUGCGUAGCAAACUAAUUGAGGAGCUCAUCUUCAACGACUUACAUAGCUCAAUUUUUACGAAUGGUAUCAACACGCCUCAUGGAUCGACUAACUCAGUUCCUUUUGGCCAGUCUGUGGCGGCUCCUAUGCCCGCUGCUCCACUUACGGCUUCUGAAGAUAUAUCUUUCUCCUUGGGGCAAAAACAAAGGGCAGCAAGCGAUAUGCCGAGUCAUUACAGCCAUAAACCAUUGAGCCAACAUGUGCCGGGGAUUGCUACUUGCACUCAGUACGGUGGAACUCAAACGCCUGUUCAGUAUGCCCCUAGUCAGGUACCAGCUACCCAAUAUGUUCCCACUCAACCUCCCCCGACACAGUACUCCCAACAAGCUGGUGCUGCAAGCCAAGUCCGAAGCGUUGGUCCUCUCACCGAACGACGUCCAAGUGCCCAAGGCGAUCUCAUUUGGGGAUCGGAAGUUGAGCUUCCUCAUCCUAACGAAAGUAUCUCUUUCCCGCAUAUCGCAGGUCCUACUAUCAACGUCCUUCCUCCUACAGAGUCUAAUAUGGGCAACAACAAAGCCAGUACUCGAGCUAGCCCUCGAUCACGAACUUUCUCUGCUUCGAAGUCCCAUCCUUCUACCACAGUUGGCGGCAGAAUGGCUCCGGAUGACGGUCGAAUUGAUGUAAUCACCGAGCAACCUCUAUCCGUUGGCGCAAUGCCGGACCCAAGGGAGAAGGAACUGCCUCCCCAACCUUCUGAGAGUGUCAAGAAUCAGCCUCCUGAUCCAACCUUGUUUGAUAACAUGACCGCCGCUCAGAGGACACAACCUGGAACAGUGACAGGAUCAGCGAUACCAAAGAAUAUGGCGCAGAGUGCGUACAGCUAUGGCCCUCCAGAUCAGUAUCCUCCUUCGGCUCCUAGGCUACGUACAGCGAAUACACAGGUUCAAUCAGCUGCUGAUGUUGGCGUUAAUGCUGGUAUAGUCACUGGAUCCAUUUAUGGGACAGCUAUAGAGCCUCCUACGACGUCAUUCUUUCCCGGGCAGACAAUGCGUCAUAUUGCUGUACCUGGUACAACCGUCCCCCCUGCUCCUGUCUCUCCUAUGCACUCAGAUCCUGUACCACCAACUAGCCAACCCUUUAGUGAACCUCUCAGCACGAUUCACAUGAGGCUGCACGAAACAAAAAGUUCUCCAUUUACAGCCACCGCCCCUGGUAAAUCUACUUCUGCACCCCGAGAUUGUAUCCACGUGGUGGACCCCCUAUUUUCUCCUAUGGCAGGAUGGAAACCAUGGGAUAUGUUAACCCAAAGGUUGUACUCGUGGGCAUUAAUUAUGGAGGAGAAGAGCUUUGUGAGGGCUUUGGAAGAUAUCAGUUUGGGAAGGCAGGUAGAGGCAUUUCCGUUGAGUGUUUUUCUGAUGCUGGCUUACAAGAGAUGGGUGAGAAGGAACUUGAGUGAAACGACCGCUGCCCCAUGUGAUAAGUUGUUUGUGCCACCCAACCUAGCGGUCGCAAUUAAUAUUGCUGUUCAUAGUCGACGAUAUCAUGAAGCCAAGGAGAUCUUGUUGGAACUUUGGGAUUGUCUCGGGAUGAAAGAACACCCGAGGAUUAUCGUUGCGCUUGCGCCACUAGGCGACGAAACGGAUCAAUGGGCCGCUCAUCGAUAUGAUCUUUCCUCAAAACAUCUCACGACUUACCGAGUCUCACACCUUGCUGAGAUUCGGACUGAUGGUCGCUCUUUCUGGUGGUGGGAGGCGAUCAGGCAGGCUUGGCCUGAACUUCAAAUACCCGAGAUGCAAGAGCUCGAAAAACGAGGCGGUCAACGAAUCAUUAACGAACAUCGACCACCAGAGUACAAACAUGAUAACUCUUUGUACGCUGCCAACAUCAGCAGAAACCUUCUUUUGGGCUACCGACCCGAGAGACAACAUGAUUUGGUGAAACAACGAGAGAUCAUUUGGGCUGAAGUCAAGCGUCUGCUCCACAAGAAGCGUACAGGUCGCCUCGUUGUGGAACCCGAUUCCCCAGAGCACUUGUAUGAUACCUAAAUCUGGUUUCGUAUAUCUUUCUAGACUCAUUAUUGUGGCAAAAAGCGAAUGAUCUUGUGAGCAAUUCUGUAUAUAACGUACAUGUAAGGAGUGCCUUCGGUAAGGAAUAAUAUAACAGAUGUGCAUAUGUAUAUAU